UUUACUGCGUUUCAGCAGCAGGGGGCUGCAAAUAUCCUAAUUAUUUAAUGUACUUCUGCAUGGUUGUAUCCUGUAAAGUUGUAACUGGAUUGUUUUUUGCUCUGUUUUUAUUCUGCUGGCGGUGUCUUGAGCAUUUCUUGGUGUUAACGUGUGUUACCUUAGUGUUUGACCUUAAUAUAGACACACUUGCUAACAGGUGCUUUAACCAGGUGAAUGUUGGGAGUUCGAGCCCUGUUUGGAAUCGGUCUUCUUGUGACAUCACGAGGAGGCUCUGUCCUGACCCAUACAGGCGCAUGUGCACAUGUUGCCAGUAACAUCUACAGUAAAGACCUCGCUCACAGACAGGCUUGCACUAUGGCCAAUACAAUCAAGUACUUGGGGCAAGAAGAGGCUCAGCACAUUGAUGAGGAGCUGUUCAAUGAGUACAGCUUCAGUGUGGAUCAGUUAAUGGAGCUGGCCGGUCUGAGCUGUGCCACAGCUGUGUCAAAGGGCUAUCCUCUACAAUCACUGCUCAAGAGUCCACCUAGAGUUUUGGUGAUCUGUGGGCCAGGAAAUAAUGGUGGAGAUGGGUUGGUUUGUGCUCGACAUCUCAAACUGUUUGGAUAUGCACCUUCAGUAUUGUACCCAAAGCGCCCCAACAAACAGCUGUUCCAGAAUCUUACCACCCAGUGUGAGAAGAUGGAUAUAUCCUUCCUGACAGAGUUGCCUGAGGUACAACACAAACCCCAGCAGUCAAUACCACAUCUUUUACACUGUAGGGGGGCCAGAUAUUUUCUUCUUUUCAUUAAUAUAUGAUAAAAUAAUGUGCUAAAUGCCUUCAGUGUACUAGUUGUUCA